AUGUUCUUCUUUUGCAAGGUGGGGCCUCCUCUUGACAUCAAGCUGGGUGCCCUGAACUGCACAGCUUUCAGCAUCCAGUGGAAAACACCACGGCAUCUUGGAAGCCCAGUCACUGGAUACACCGUCUUUUACUCUGAGGUCGAUGCAGAUAAGUCCCUGCAGGAGCGGUCGCACAGUGUGCCUCUCAGCCAGGAUACCCCAGUUGCUGAAGAAGUGAUUGGAGAUUUGAAACCAGGAACUGAAUAUCGAGUGAGUGUAGCAGCUUACAGCCAGACUGGCAAAGGGCGGCUCAGCCCCCCUCACCAUGUUACCACGUUGUCCCAAGAUUCCUGCCGGCCUCCAGCGGCACCCCAGCAGCCACGUGCCCUUGUGGUUUCUGAUUCAGAGGUGGCCCUAUCUUGGAAACCUGGACAGAGUGAAGGACACUCCCCUAUUCAGUACUAUUCCGUGGAAUUCAUCAGGCCAGAUUUUGACAACAAUUGGACCUUAAUCGAAGAGCAGAUCCAGAUGGACUCCAUGGUCAUCAAGGGCCUUGAWCCAGAUACCAACUACCAAUUUGCCGUGAGGGCCGUGAAUCCCCAUGGCCCCAGCCCACGCAGCUGGCCCAGUGACACCAUCCGAACCCUUGGCCCUGAGGAAGCAGGAAGUGGCCGCUAUGGACCUCGUUAUAUCACAGACAUGGGUGCUGGAGAGGAUGAUGAUGGAUUUGAAGACGACCUAGAUCUGGACAUUUCCUUUGAGGAGGUGAAACCACUUCCUGCUACCAAAGGAGGGAAUAAGAAAGUAUUGGUGGAAACUUCUCUGUCCGACCCCCAGUCCAUUUCCAGACCUGCCCCCACUACCUCAGCAUCUUUCCCCACAACUACCGUGGCUCUCCAGCCCACUCCAGCAGAAGGGAAGGGGAAGAAGGGCGUAGCCAUGAUGUCGAGGCUCUUCGAGAAGUCUUGUGAUGAGAUCCUCUGCCCUGCUGACAGCUUUUGUGUCAAUGACUACACCUGGGGGGGCUCACGAUGCCAUUGCAACCUGGGCAAAGGUGGCGAGAGCUGCUCAGAUGAUAUUCUUAUUCAGUAUCCUCAGUUCUUUGGCCACUCCUAUGUAACCUUUGAGCCUCUGAAGAACUCCUAUCAGGCAUUUCAGAUUACUCUUGAAUUUAGGGCGGAGGCAGAGGACGGCUUGCUGCUCUACUGCGGGGAGAACGAAUAUGGAAGGGGCGACUUCAUGUCCCUGGCUAUCAUCCGACGCUCCCUGCAGUUCAGGUUUAAUUGUGGAACAGGGGUCGCUAUCAUUGUAAGUGAGACUAAAAUCAAACUGGGGGCCUGGCACACAGUGGUGCUCUACAGAGAUGGGCUGAAUGGGCUGCUGCAGCUGAACAAUGGCACCCCCAUGACAGGCCAGUCCCAGGGCCAGUACAGUAAAAUUACUUUCCGGACACCUCUCUAUCUUGGUGGGGCUCCCAGCGCUUACUGGUUGGUCAGAGCAACGGGAACAAACCGAGGCUUUCAAGGCUGUGUGCAGUCGCUUUCGGUUAAUGGGAAGAGAAUGGAUAUGAGGCCUUGGCCGCUGGGGAAAGCCCUUAGUGGGGCUGAUGUGGGGGAAUGCAGCAGUGGAAUAUGUGAUGAGGCCUCGUGCAUCAAUGGUGGCACCUGCACAGCAAUCAAAGCCGACUCCUACAUUUGCCUCUGUCCCCUUGGGUUCAAAGGUCGACACUGUGAAGAUGCUUUCACCUUGACCAUCCCUCAGUUCAGAGAGUCUCUGAGAUCCUUCGCUGCCACACCCUGGCCCCUGGAGCCCCAGCAUUACCUCUCCUUCACUGAGUUUGAGAUCAUGUUUCGGCCGGACGCAGGGGACGGUGUUCUCCUAUACAGUUAUGACACAAACAGCAAGGACUUCCUGUCCAUCACGAUGGCAGGCGGCCACGUGGAGUUCCGUUUUGACUGCGGCUCUGGGACUGGUGUUCUGAGGAGUGAAGAUGCCCUCACCCUGGGCCAAUGGCACGAGCUUCGUGUAUCUCGCACAGCGAAGAAUGGCAUCUUACAGGUGGAUAAGCAGAAGACAGUAGAGGGAAUGGCAGUGGGAGGCUUCACGCAGAUUAAGUGCAACACGGACAUUUUUAUUGGUGGAGUCCCCAAUUAUGAUGAUGUGAAGAAGAACUCAGGUGUCCUCAAACCAUUCAGUGGGAGUAUCCAGAAGAUCAUCCUGAAUGACCGAACCAUCCAUGUGAAGCAUGACUUCACGUCUGGUGUGAAUGUGGAGAAUGCAGCCCACCCCUGCGUGGGGGCCCCCUGUGCCCAUGGGGGCAGCUGCCGGCCCAGGAAGGAUGGCUAUGAGUGCGACUGCCCCUUGGGCUUCGAGGGCCUGCACUGCCAGAAAGCCAUCACCGAAGCCAUCGAGAUCCCGCAGUUUAUUGGCCGAAGUUACCUGACAUAUGACAACCAAGAUAUCCUCAAGAGGGUGUCAGGAUCAAGAUCAAAUGCAUUCAUAAGGUUUAAGUCAACUGUCAAGGACGGCCUGUUAAUGUGGAGGGGAGACAGCCCCAUGAGACCCAACAGUGACUUCAUUUCCCUGGGCCUUCGGGAUGGAGCCCUGGUGUUCAGCUACAACCUGGGCAGUGGUGUGGCAUCCAUCAUGGUGAACGGCUCCUUCAAUGAUGGCCGGUGGCACCGGGUCAAGGCUGUCAGGGACGGCCAAUCAGGAAAGAUUACCGUGGAUGACUACGGAGCCAGAACAGGCAAGUCACCUGGCAUGAUGAGACAACUCAACAUCAACGGACCUCUGUAUGUGGGUGGAAUGAAGGAGAUCGCUCUGCACACCAACAGGCAGUACAUGAGAGGCCUCGUGGGCUGCAUCUCUCAUUUCACGCUGUCCACCGAUUACCACAUUUCCCUCGUGGAAGAUGCUGCAGAUGGGAAAAACAUCAACACUUGUGGAGCCAAGUAACACCAGCUGGCCUUGCCCAGGGGACAGAGCCUCUAUCUUGAGAGUCCCAGGGGCCCUGAGACCCUGCCCGAUGCCACACACAGAGGCCCGGGACCAGGUGUGUUUCCUCUCAUCAAGGGGAAAGUACACCCUGAAGGGAAACUGAGCACCAAGGCAGGAGGCCCUGGGUGGCCUACCUGCUGACACUCUGUGGGCCAAACCCCAUGGAGCACUGUGUGUCGGAAGCAACGGACUUUGUCCAUUGAAUGCAUGGAGUCUGCCAGAGAUCACACAUCAAUGCAAAUUCCAGAGCCUGUCUGCUGUAACUGAAUGAAUGUGUUGUGAUUCAUAGUGCUUAGAAGAGGAGAGAGAGAGAGAGAGAGAGAGAGAGAGAGAGAGAGAGAGAGAGAGAGAGAGAGCGCUCGCAUGAGCCCACAGAGCAGUAUUAAAAUACUUGUCCUUCCCUGGCUCAUGAGACUUACUCACAGCAGAAUGACUGUGUGACGUUGAACUUUGAAUUUCCCACCUUGGCCCUAAUCCCUUCCACUCCCUGGUGGCUGGCCCAAAGUGCUCUCACUGUUCCAGGAAAAUAAAGUGUGGGGAAGAUUGAACCUAGAAUCAUGGUCAUAAUGCGGCCCCUCCCCCCAAGUGUACCUUUAAUGUGAAAUCCCUGCUUUUUAUAAUAUCAAUCUAAGAAAAUGGGCCCCAUGAUUUUGUAGCUGUACUUUUGUAUGUGACUAUUUUUAUAGCUGCAGACUGUCUACACGGUAUACCUUAGGGUAUGCUGGUAGUAUACCCUAAUUCUUGCACACUUUCCUAAAAAUUUUCUCCCAAAGAAGACUUGGGGUCAUUUGUGGUAUCAGUGGAGUGGGAGAGGUGACUUGGGUGGGCCACUCGGGGAGCUGACCAUUCUUUUUUUGGUACAUGUUGGUUCUAGGGGAUGAAUAUGAAGCUUUCCAAAAUAAGCAGAUUAAA